AUGUCCUCCUUGGCCAUUGCAGCGACUGCAAGUAUCAGCAAUAGAGAUGAAGCGGUGUCCCUGGGGAGGAUGGAUGAGGACCUACAAUUGAGACCACCUUUGCUAACACAAACGCUUCUUGGCCACGAUGAAGCCAUUCGUCCAAUGAUCUGCCGACUGCUUGUGGCAUCGCAUACCUUGAGGUUGGAUGUAGAAACAAGAUUCACAUCCAUCGUUUUGUUUCACAGAUAUUAUUCAGCAGUAUCCAACACCAGCAAGCAAAAGAACGAUGAAAAAGAUUCGGAUGAAAAUGAAAACUUGGCAACAAGAGCAGCAGCUUGUCUCUUCCUUGCCUGCAAGGUGGAAGAAGACCCCAGAAGGCUCAGGGAUAUCAUCAGUGCUACGCACAUGUUCUUGAAUGACCCUAACCAACCAACGAAAUGUUCAGCAGAAGCGGAAAAUCCCCCUGAAGAAGAGAUAUGCAAGAUUUCAGCAAAGAUACCACAAGCGUCCAGCAGUGCAGCCAAUGAGAGCUGUUUCGAUUCUGAUAAUCCCUUAUCUACAUCAAUCAUAAAACAAGAGCCAACAAACUCGAAUAGAUUCCCCGAUACACUUGUCCUUGCAGUCAUGAAAGAUCCUCCACCCUUGGAUGACAAGUAUUGGAAAACCAAAGCAACCAUAGUCCAGUCAGAGCAGAUUGUUCUACGGUGGCUGGGCUUUGAUGUUUCGGUAUGCAAACCUCACCGAGCAGUAUCUGUACUGUUGGCAGAACCAACCAUACAAUCACAGGCGUUGCCAAUACCCGUACAAGGCACCAUCGCACCAAAAGAAGAACAAGAGAACGUCAAAAGGCAAGUUACCACCGUGGCGUGGAGACGACUGAACGACGCUCUCUUUUAUGCUCCCGCAUUGCGACAUGGGACCAUGGAGCUGGCAUGUGCCGCAAUUGCCCUUGCCGCUGAGGAAGUGUAUGAGUCAUUGUCUUGCACCACAACUUCAAACACCGACAACACUAGCAACGACGGGAUGGCUACAAGCGCAAGUACAUGUGCUACAACCGGUGGAACCACUGACAAACAGUUGGAUGCAUCAAGCAGAAGCAGCACGAAUACCUUCCAGGCACAUUCGACCGAUCCAUGGUGGCAUCUCGUCGACGUUUCCAAUAGAGGCUUUGCGAGGACCAAGAAAGAUUUGACCAUGGCAACGCAACGACUGCAACAACAAUCCACCAGAAAGCGAGCACAUUCAUAG